CCAUUACUUGACUCUUCCCAGUCUAGCCCGUGGCAUCACUCCACAUCCCACUACCCACAAGUCCUCCUCCGAACCUGGGGAACUCCACAAACGCACAAGCCGUCAUAACUCUAUUCUUGGUAUCCACCAUUACAGUGACGUCCUCUGCAUUCAGGUCAUACAUUACACAGUUACAAUCAUGUCGUCAAACUACUCUACUCAGUAUUACGCGGCUACUGGCGCGGUCCCCAUUCCCUCCGGAAAGGGGCAGUACCCCACGUACCCUGCCUACUACAACAGCAAUGACAGCAACUACUCCGUCUCUCCUCCUGAGGAAUCCGAUCCGUCAGUGACUUCCGGGUCUGGCAUGGGUCAUUCCACCUAUUCCGUUCCCGCUUCUACCUAUGCUGGAAGUAGCCAGGGAGACUACGAGAGCGCGGGAUCUGCAAGCGGCAUCGAUCUUAACGAGUACAUGCAAGAUCGGUUUGCGGACACGUUCUCGCCGAUCCCUCUCGAUCGCUUGACGGUCGAGCAGGCCAAGAUUUCUGGCGGUCUGAACGCAAAGCACCGCGAGGUCCUCGAGCUUCAAGCUAAAGCGCAAGCACGUCUCGCGAGAACAAGAGCCCGAUUCGCUCAGGGGCUCGAAGAUGCACAGGCAGUGCGGAAAGAUCUCGAAUGGACACAGAAGAAAGUGACAGCUCUUUCGGCCAAGGCGGCGAAACAGCACCCCAAGGAGUACAGCAAGGCGCGGGCACGCCACCCUUCUCCGGAUGCGUUCUAAACCGAUUUUUUACAUCUGCAUCUUAACACGAUUUCUCUUCAUUUUCUUUCUUUUGAUUCGAUACGUAAGGAGUAUACUUGCACAUAACCCCUUUGUCAUGUUUACUUUUUGUUCAAAACGGGGAAAUGCCCCGGAGGUCUUUUGCAUUUCUCAGCCUUGCGGGAGAGAUGACGUUGGAAAAAGAAUAUGAGGCGCGGCAAAUUUAGCCGCGAUAUACGCC